AUGGCUGGCCGGAAGUACGGUGUCGUAUUCGACGCGGGCUCGAGUGGAACUCGCGUUCAAGUUUAUUCCUGGCUCGAUCCCACCGCGGCACGCGCGAAGGCAGAUGAGGUUGCCUUGGCACAACUCCCCCGCGUGGAGAAAGGAGAUCGCAAGGGAAAGAAAUGGCAACUCAAAGUCCACCCCGGUAUUUCGACCUUCGCACAGAACCCAGCAGAGGUGGGGACACACCUCGCCCCGCUGCUCGAACACGCUCUCUCACUCAUCCCACCCUCCAAAAUCUCCGAAACGCCCAUCUUCCUACUCGCGACCGCGGGGAUGCGUUUAUUGACACCAGAGCAACAGUCCGCGAUCUUAGCCGAGACAUGCGCAUACACCCGCGCCCACACAUCCUUCCUCCUCCCCGACUGCUCCUCACACAUCCAAGUCAUCCCCGGCGAAGUCGAGGCACUCUACGGCUGGCUCACAAUCAACUACCUCCUCGAUACCCUUUCCACCCCCCCUACCCCUCAAAACCAACACCCAACCUAUGGGUUCUUGGAUAUGGGCGGCGCGAGCGCACAGAUUGCGUUUGCACCGAACGCGACGGAAGCGGAGAGGCAUGAUGAUGAUUUGUAUUUGGUGCGGUUGAGGACUGUGGGGGGAGUGGGGAGGGAGUGGAGGGUGUUUGUGAGUACGUGGUUGGGGUUUGGGGCGAACGAGGCGCGGAGACGGCAUCUUGAGGCUGUUGUUGGGUCGAGUAAGAAUAAGGGUGGGGGGACGUAUGCUGAUCCAUGUCUCCCGCCUGGUGCGCUUGACAUAGAGACAGUCAACGGGAACACGAUCACGUUGGAGGGCACGGGCCAAUUCGAGAAAUGCUUGAACAGUCUACAGUCACUAUUGGGCAAGGAUGCGCCGUGUCCGGAUUAUCCGUGCUUGUUCAACGGCGUCCACGCCCCUCUCAUCGAUUUCGAUAUCAACCAUUUCCUCGGCGUGUCAGAAUAUUGGCACGCAUCCGAAGAUAUCUUCGAUAUGGGCGGUGCGUACGAUUAUGUCACAUACUCCUCCCGCGUCCAAACAUUCUGCUCGAAACCCUGGACCGAGAUCCUCACCACUCUAACAGCAGGGGGAUAUGGGAAAAAAGUCGAUGAGGAGAGGUUGAAAGAGGCGUGUUUUAAAGCGGGAUGGAUGCUGGAGGUCUUACAUGACGGAAUUGGCGUACCACGUCUGCCCGUUGUCGAAGCGGGCCAUAACGGGACGAAAGAGCUCGAGGAGGCGGCGGAGGGGAAGGGGUGGAGUGCGGAUGCGUUUAGGAGUGUGGAUAAGAUUGAUGGGACGGAUGUUAGUUGGACGUUGGGGAGGAUGGUCUUGUACGCCUCUUCUCAGGUUUCGCUGAUUAGUAGUGUUGCUGGGAUGGUCGGGUUCGGACCUAAUAAACCCCACGCAGAAGCCUUGUUCCAACCGGGCGGGGAGUACCUCCCACUUCUUCCCGCAAGGGUUCAAGCGGGACUGUUCACGGCGUCGUUUCGACAUACGCAUACCAUCGCCGCUGCGUCGCUGUUCGUAUUUGCGUUGUUUGUGGUUGUGAUGUUGCUUAUGAUCGGGCCUGCGAGACGAGCGGCAAUGAUGAGGAGGGGGGUUAAGGAAGUACAGAAGAGAAUCAAGUGGGGGGGGAGCCAGGGAGGAGAGCGUCUGCGCCGAAUAUUCGGUCGUCGAGGGGGAGUGGGCUUAAAUUUACCUGGUGAGGGGAUGGGGUUGGGUCUGGGAGGGAGGAUUGGGAGGAGUGAGAGUCGGGCGAGGAUGAGGAGUCGGGAUCAGAGUUUGACGAGGGUGGAUCUGUAAACAUCUUCUUCUAAUCCAGCCUCAUUCAAUUACAUGCCUGAAAUGUCGG